CUGGCCUUCACUCAACCACCACCACCACACCACCACCGUCCUCUUUUUUCCCCUCUUCCCCUUCCUCCUCUAGACUUAUCAAUCAACUUGUCUGCAAAGUCAAUCCACUCUUUACAUAACUUUACCCUCUAUCUUUAUAACGACUUAUUGAUAUGUUCUCGCAUAAAUCGCUGCUCGCCCUUGGGCUGGCAGCCGCCUCGUCUUCCACUCUCGCUGCUACAGCAGGCUCCUUUGUCGAUGCAGGAAAUACGAUGGUCAGCGCUAUGAUGAUGUUUGUUGGCAACGACGAGAAAGUCUACAUUAUCGACAAGGCGGAGGGAAACCCAGCUCAGAUAAACGGUCAUCCAGCGUGGGGUGCUGUUUGGGAUAUGAAUACCCACAAGGUAGAUCUCAUGGACAUCAAGACCAACGUCUUCUGCGCUUCUGGAAUGCAUUUACCAAAUGGCUCCUACGCAACCUUUGGUGGCAACGGUGCAAUCGGUCCCGGUGGCAAUAUUGGAUCAGUCAAAAAUCCUGGCGGUGCCUCUGGCUCUUACGAUGCAACCUACCAGAACUACGAUGGUUCCAAAUCCAUUCGUCUCCUCAAUCCAUGCACAUCGAAAGAUGACUUCUCGUCUUCCAACUGCCAGUGGUUCGACAACCCCGACGUUCUCUCAAUGCAGAAACAACGAUGGUACUCCGCCGCCGAGCCCCUCGGUGACGGAACUAUCGCUCUCAUAGGAGGUUUCGUCAAUGGUGGUUAUAUAAACCGAAACUAUCCAAACACCGACCCAGCGUACGAAGGUGGUGCUGCUGAACCUACCUAUGAAUUCUACCCUGCCAACGGUAAAAAGGCCGAGGUCAUGCAGUUCAUGAUCAAGACAUCUGGUCUCAAUUCCUACGCCCACACAUUCCUCAUGCCUUCUGGUAAGAUGUUAGUCCAGGCCAACGUUUCGACUAUGCUUUGGGAUCCCGCAACCAACACCGAGACACCCCUUCCUGACAUGCCUGGUGGCGUCGCUCGUGUCUAUCCUGCCUCGGGUGCUGUCGCCAUGCUCCCUCUUACCCCCGCCAACAACUACAACCCUACAGUCAUCUUCUGUGGUGGUUCGGACAUGCCUGAUGAAGCUUGGGGUGACUAUGCCAACCCAAAAAUCAACACAUGGGACUAUCCCGCAUCUAAUGACUGUCAGCGAAUUACACCUGAGCCUCUCGACGGAUCUGCACCCGUGUAUGUGAAGGAUGACAACAUGCUCGAGACUCGUACCAUGGGUCAAUUCAUCAUUCUCCCCACUGGAAAGCUCCUCGUCGUCAACGGUGGUCUCAACGGUACUGCCGGUUAUGCUGAACAUACUGGUCAGACCCCUCUGUACGGUGACAUGCCCUACGGAAUGUCUCUGGCAUCAGGACCUGUUGGCACUCCCGCGAUUUACGAUCCUGACGCCCAACUAGGAAACCGAUGGUCGAACGCCGGUUUGGCCACCUCCUCUAUCGCACGUCUCUACCACUCCUCUGCUAUCCUCCUCCCCGACGGUUCUGUCCUCAUCGCUGGAUCGAACCCUAAUGUCGACUACAACGCCACCACCGUUUUCCCAACCGAGUACCGUGCGGAGCUUUUCUAUCCUUCUUACUUCUCGGCCACCACUCGUCCUCAGCCAUCGGGUAUUCCCAAAACUUUAACGUACGGUGGUAAACCCUUUGACAUCACUAUCCCUGCCAGCUCUUAUUCUGGUGGCAGUAACGACGCUGCUAAGAACACCACUGUUGUCGUUUUACGACCUGGAUGGACUACACAUGCGAUGAACAUGGGACAACGGUACCUCCAGCUGAACACUACUUAUUCUGUCAAUGAUGACGGUUCUAUCACGAUCCACUGUUCUCAGAUGCCACCCAAUGCCAACAUAUUCCAACCCGGACCUGCAUGGGUGUAUGUCAACGUGAACGGUGUUCCUUCGAAAGGAACGUUUGUGAUUGUUGGAUCUGGGAAUAUUGAGAAACAGCAACUUUUGGAAGUUGGGGCUUUACCUGCGAGUCAGACGAAUGAUAAGGCUAAAGGGUCUGCUGAUGGGUCGACUACGUCUGCUGGUGGUGGUAAUGGGAAGGGCAAGAAUGGAGCGGUGAGGAAGGGGAGUGUUGUUGGGGUUUUGGGAUCUGUUGUUGUUGGAGCUGUUGUUGCUCUUUUACUGUGAGCGGUGGUAUCGUUUAGAAGAGGGGUACUACUAGUACUAUGGAUGGGUCGGUUCUUUUGGGAUUCGUAAGCAGGUCGAUUAUUUUGUUUUUUAAUGGACAGGUGAAUUAGGACUUUUCUUUUCUUCUUUUGAAUACUCUUCUCUCGUUUUUUUUUUACAUAAAUCCUCCUUGCGUAUGUUACGUUUUCAGGAGUUUUUUUUCUACUUGUUUUGUUGACUUGUUUGAAUGGAAUCGGAAGUGCCGCCAUACAUUAUAUUCUUUUGCCCCUCUUGUUGUGUGCCCCUCUGGAUGGGGUUUAAAUUGGGAUGGAAACCAGGAACCAGGUUCGAGGAUAAUAGACGAC